CUCAUCAUUCGUUCUAGCAUAUGAAAAACCCAUUUUUCCAUUAGUACUGCAAACUACGGUUCUUGCGACUUGAUUUGGUGGAGAAUGUCUUACAAUCAAUCCCCCACCAAGACCAAUCAAUAUAUUGGUACUCCAGUUCCGCCACUUGGCCCCGUGAGUCCAAUAGCUCAAGGCUUGGCGAAGAGCCAGUCGAAUGAUAUGACGCCAAAGCUGUCGGGAAUAGUACCAGGCCAAAGUAGGAUUCCAAGGUAUCAAAAAACUGGCUGUCAGGACCCGCGAAUACGUACAGCCUCAAGCUCAUCAGGAGCCGGUUCAUACGAUUCAAGCAUAGCCCAAAGAAUCCCACGAAUCACAUGCAGCGAUUACCCGACGGCCUGCUCUCCAGUACCCUCAAUAAUAUCUCUUUCAUUAACCCUGAGUGAUUGUGAAAGCGAUAGUGAUGAUGGGUCCAACAUGGAGAAUGCUUCGAACCGGCCGGUCCCACCAACGCAACUCUCAUUGACUCAUGGACAGCCGACUGAACGCUUCGAAUUUCCCAAUCAGCCCUCAAGAAUUUUCAAUCCGUCAACUGACCGGAAGGAUCCGAGUGUCUUGGUGCCGCGUGUUACAAACCUGAACCAGAGUACUUCGACAGGUGUUACUGUCACGACGGAUACUCCGCUCGAAAAAAUGUAUGGGAAAGAAUUAACUUCUUACCCUCAGCAUACUAUCAUUGAAGAGGAAAUGAAAACGAGUCUGCUCUCGUUGCUGAGUAUCGAAUCUUUUACCUACAUGCUCUCGAAACCCGAGACUCGUAAUGUCUUUCGAGAUUGGUUAGUCGUUCAAGGAGGGGAAGAGAAGCUAGAUCGCUGGACUGAAGAGUCUCGAAUCAAUCAACUGCACGUAGAGGCUCAAGAAAGCGCCAAGAAGCUUUUGGACCAUUACCGCGAGUCCGAUGGGAAACGCGGUGUGCGAACCACCCUAAUUGACAGGCUCGACGGUGAAGCCAUCAUGGAAACCGUCAACCUAGCGCAUUCAUCACAGGUAUUGGUUGCUAGUCGCCAAUACCUGCUUGAGUCUUUGUACAAUGAUACCUUCAAGCAAUUCAUAACCAGCAAGCUCCUUGAGAUAACCAGAAUGAAAUUGCGCAGCGGCGUAGAUGAAGAAACUUGCCAAGGUCUAGGCGAUUCAUUUGUUGUGACCAACCCACGUCUUAGGGAUAACCCAGUGGUCAUGGUUUCACCCAGCUUUAGCGCAACAACAGGCCAUGACAGAAAUUCUAUUAUUGGUAUGAAUUGCCGCUUUCUACAAGGACCUGGGACCAGUCCGCAAUCAAUCCAACGUCUCCGCCAAGCUUUGAAGCAGGGACUCCCCUGCGUGGAGCUUCUUCUGAACUAUAAAGCUGACGGGACACCAUUUUACUGCCUCUUGAGUAUCAUUCCGUUGUUUGAUGAAAAAGGGUUCCUUAGCUAUUACAUAGGAGGGCAAAUUAACGUCACCGACGAGUUGCGCAACAAUCAAAUAAUGGCCCUGAUCUCACAAACCAACUCCUCUCCUGUCGAAAUAACAUCAUCAGAUUUCAAGCUUCCGGCGCGCACGCCAGCUAACCAUCCUAGAUUUAAAAAACUUGCUGCUAUCAACCCGAGACUUUUAAAUAAGCUAUCCAAUAACAAUGAUGUUCAUGCUAGCAAGGAGACCCUUAGUGCGAAACCAAAAACAUCUAUAAGCUUUCCUUUCAAUUGGUUUAGUUCAAAAGUCAAGCAGGAAAAAGAUAUUCAGGACAUCGAAUUUACCAAACCUGAUGAUAGAUGUGAAUUCAAUAGUUCUAGCUUGCACGAGAGUCUUUCAGCUUUUCAAUCCACUUAUUCACGGCUCAUAUUAUUUAACAAGUCCUCUCGCUCCAUCGUCUUCAUUACACCCGAAGCGCUGAAGUUUUUAGGUUUUCCAACUGAGACGAUCGACGAAACUUACUCCUCUGCACUCCUUCAUCACGAUUUUUUCGAUUUGGUGGAAAACUGCAAAACCACUCAAAAAGCCCACUGCUCCAAGAAGGCCUUGAAAAAUAUGAUUUCAAAGACCGAACUGGCAAUUGCGCCUCCUACGUUGCGGUUCUGA